CAGCAGCCGCACGGGCGCUGCCAGCGGAGCCCGCCUCGGCCGGCCCGGACACGCGCGGACGCUUGCGCGGGACACCGCACCGCUCCUCAACCGUCCCGGCGGGAGGCACCGCACCGCUCCUCAACCGUCCCGGCGCAGGGCACCGAACUGCCCCUCAACCGUCCCGGCGCAGGGCACCGAACUGCCCCUCAGCCGUCCCGGCGGGAGGCACCGCAUCCCUUCUCAGCCGUCCCGGCGGGAGGCACCGCAUCCCUCCUUAGCCGUCCCGGCGGGAGGCACCGCAUCCCUCCUCAGCCGUCCCGGCGGGAGGCACCGCAUCCCUCCUCAGCCGUCCCGGCGCAGGGCACCGCACUGCUCCGCGUCCUCCCCGUCGGCGGACACUCUACCGCGGCACCCCCGCGGGGUCCCGUCACCUUCCUUCUGCGCCGGCCGCCCUGUGCCGGCCCUGCCGGGGCAGCAGCUGCCUCUCUGCUUUUGAGCAGACCCUUGGCUCCAAGGGAGAGGCCUUCUGACAGCAUGGGGCGCUUCUCCGUUUGGGACUAUGUGGUCUUUUCGAUCAUGCUGGCGAUCUCUGCUGCCAUCGGUGUCUACUACGGCUUUGCGAGAGGGGGACAGAAGACCUCCAAGGAUUUCCUCAUGGCGAGCCGCGAAAUGUCAGCCUUCCCUGUUGCGCUCUCCCUCUCUGCCAGCUUCAUGUCAGCGAUCACCGUGCUGGGCACCCCUGCUGAGAUCUACCGAAACGGGAUUAUGUUCUGCAUGUUCGCCUUCGCUUACUUCUUGGUGGUGCUGUGCAGUGCUGAGAUCUUCCUGCCUGUCUUUUACAAACUGGGCAUUACCAGCACCUACGAGUAUUUAGAGCUUCGUUUUAAUAAAUACCUGCGCCUCUGUGGAACGAUCCUCUUCAUUAUACAAACGAUGUUAUACACUGGUAUUGUCAUUUACGCUCCAGCUUUAGCAGUAAAUCAAGUCACUGGCUUCGACUUGUGGGGUGCGGUGGUGGCAACUGGUGUGGUUUGCACUUUCUACUGCACACUGGGUGGUCUGAAGGCAGUGGUGUGGACAGACGUUUUUCAGGUUGGAAUAAUGAUCGCUGGAUUUUCAUCUGUGAUUAUACGAGCUUCGGUGAUUCGGGGAGGAAUUGGAACGAUUGUGAAUGAUUCCUACCAUGGAGGAAGAUUAAACUUCUGGGACUUUAAUCCCAGUCCUUUGCAAAGACACACCUUCUGGACUAUUGUUGUAGGUGGGACCUUCACAUGGACUGGCAUCUAUGGGAUCAACCAGUCCCAAGUACAGAGAUACAUUUCAUGCAAAAACAGGUUCCAUGCAAAACUAUCCCUCUACAUCAACCUCGUGGGCCUCUGGGCAAUAUUGAGCAGCGCAGCGCUGUGUGGCCUGUCCCUCUACUCCAUCUACAAGGACUGUGACCCAUGGACAUCAAAGAAAGUGAAGGCAUUUGACCAGCUAAUGCCAUACCUAGUGAUGGAUAUUCUUGGUGAUUUUCCAGGAGUGCCCGGGCUUUUUGUGGCUUGUGCCUACAGUGGGACAUUAAGCACAGUGUCCUCCAGCAUCAAUGCUCUGGCUGCCGUGACUGUCGAAGAUCUCAUUAAGCCGUACUUCACAUCCCUCUCUGAAAAGCAGUUGUCAUGGAUGUCCAUGGGGAUGAGCCUGCUUUUUGGUUUAUUAUGCAUCGGUAUGGCUGGACUGGCAUCUCUCCUGGGAGCCAUGUUGCAGGCGGCGCUCAGCAUUUUUGGCAUUAUUGGUGGCCCUCUUUUAGGAUUGUUUGUCUUGGGAAUCCUUGUCUUCUUUGCAAAUGAAUUUGGUGGAUUUGUUGGUCUCCUCAGUGGCUUUUUUGUUUCCCUUUGGGUUGGAGUUGGAUCUCAGAUUUAUCCUCCAGGCCGAAACAGGACCAAGCCACUACACCUCUCAGUUGCAGGCUGCAAUAUAUCCUCAUUAAAUCUGACAACAGGACCAUCAGUCCUUGCCAAACCAACUACAAGGCCAGCCAUAGCAGAGUUUUAUUCCUUGUCUUACCUCUACUUCAGCGCAAUUGGGACACUUACCACAGUAAUUGUGGGAAUAAUUGUCAGCCUCCUAACAGGAGGACUAAAGCAGAAUAUAGAUGACAAAUUCCUGCUGACCAAGGAAGAUUUCAUGUCCAACUUCACAGGGAUUAAAGCCAUGAUAGCAGAGAAACGGGAGAAAUGGCAGGAACGGCAGAAGCAGUUUACUGAGGCAGAUGAUGGAACCGACAACCCUGGUUUCAACCAAAUGGAAAUGGAGGAUACAAACAAAUAGGGACGAAGUCAAUGACCUUCAUAUAUGAUGUGGGGCCAUGUCAGCCCACAAAGAGAGUUUUGUUCAUUUAAAGCACUGUUGAUAUUUUUGUGCUGGGUCAGUUACCAGCUCUGCUGGAGUCAUGGGCAGGCAUCUGCUGAGCUUUGUGGCACUGUUACCUUUGUUUGACCUUGACAUUAGUAAAGAAAGGAAUGAGAUCUUUCUUGCA